GACACCGGCAGGCAGCAGGGAGCUCCAGAGACGCUGCUGGAGCAGGCACCAGGCCAGGGUCAUGCUCAGCCUCAUCAAGCUUCCCAGGGUGGUCAGCAUCAACCAGGUGCCCAAAGUGUUCCACGAGGAUGGGAUCAUCUCCGGGUACCGACACCCUCGCAGCUCAGCCACAGACUGCAUCCUGAGUCUCUUCCAGCUGACCAAUGAGACGCUCAACAUCUGGACGCACUUCUUACCCACCUGGUACUUCCUGUGGAAGUUAGUAACAGUGUUGCUGAUGCAGACACCGUGGCAGGACCCCUUCACCUGGCCUCUGGUCAUCUUCCUGCUCUCUUGCUGUCUGUACCCGUUCAUGUCCUGCUGCGCUCACACCUUCAGCAGCAUGUCGGCCCGAGCUCGACACAUCUGCUUCUUCUUCGACUACGGUGGCCUCAGCUUCUACAGUCUGGGGUCAGCAAUCAUAUACUCGGCGUACGUUUUCCCGGACAGAUGGAUCAACAGCUCCUUUCAUCAGUUAUUUGUUCCCAUUGCUCUGGUCAAUGCUGUCAUCUGCACCGUCCUCUCCUGUUACAGCAGGCUUGGUCUUCCAUUCCUGCAGUACGACAGUGACACUGUGAAAAGAUUCCCAGAAUACCAGAGCCCCAAGUUCAGCAAAGUCCUGCGUGUUGUUGCCUUCGCCUACCCCUACCUGUUCGACAACAUUCCUCUCUUCUACAGGCUCUUCGUCUGUGUGGGAGAUGGCUGCACUGACAAUGACACAAAACUCCUGCACUACUACCACAUCGCGCUGGCCUUCCUUACCGGAUUUCUGUUCGCUACACAUUUACCUGAGCGUCUGGCACCGGGCAGUUUCGACUACAUAGGCCACAGCCAUCAGCUCUUCCACGUGUGUGGGAUUCUGGCCACCCACUUCCAGAUGACAGCCCUCGAGCAGGACAUGGCGAUGAGACGCGCUUGGCUCCUCGCACACUCCACACCCAUCACCUUCUCCAACACCGUGGGGGUGGCGCUCCUCAUCAUGGUGGUCAACCUUUUCGUCAUUGCCCUCUACAGCCUUCCUCUCCUCCAAACUCCUCGCUCCACAAAAGCCUCAGUGAAACGGCACUGAGCAUGUCAUCAUAACUGUGUUUGUGUUUUACAACCGAAUGAAGAGCCAAAGUAUAGCUACUGUCUAACCCAUUCCUCCAUCGCGCCUGGAAUUCCCGGAUCAAUGCCAUGUUAGUUGUGAGCUCUUGAAGCCUCUUGUUGUAGGAACUCAUCCAUCAAUCCAUUGUGACCAUUGUCCUACCUCAGUCAGACAUCCUCAUUAGACCAGCAAACUAUGGUGCCUUCAAACACCGUUCUAUCACAGGUGUGAACUACUGAAGUCACUGGACCUUGACCUCGACAGCUCGUGACAGCCAACGCAACCUCGUCCUCAAAGGGCCAGGGUGGUGCAGGUUUUUGUUCCAACCCAUCCAGCACACAGAGCUCCACCAGUCAGGUGUCUGAAGACUGUGACCAGCUGACUUGCAGUUGCGUGCUGCUUGUUUCAGAUCAAACCGGAUGGGUUCAACUCUGUGUUAGAUGGGUGGGAACAAAAGCUCCCACCUGCCGCAGCCCUCCCAGGAACCGCUUGGACACCCCUGCCUUUAAGUCAGGAACAGAUUGAGCUUUGUGGUGAGUAGCGCCACCAAGAGACGAUGAGAAACAAAGAGCCUACUAGAUCAAAGAGUAAAUUGCAGUAUUUAUUGUUUGUGAACGUCCAUUUAAAAGCAGCAAGGAUCAGAUCAGCACCUGUGUGUUUGGCGUUGCUCUGCACAGCUGUAAAGAGAAGAGAGCUCACAUGAAGUCAGCGGAAGUCACAGGAAUGUAAAUGUUUGCAAUGUGUUCUCAGGUUUGUCAAGAAGAAAACCGAUCCAGCCAUGCACUGAAUUAUUUGAAUAGAUCGCCAGCCCAGAGUAUAAUGUAAACAAUUGUUGAUGGACGCCAGAGGCAGAAACUUAUUUAUGACUGUUGAAUGUAUUGCAAAUUAAUAUUUAUUAUCGCUGAUAGCUUUGACAUACUGGAUGAAAAGCUGAAUGAAGAAGACGAUUUAUGCAUCUUGAUUUACUGCUAAUGACAAAUGUUUCAAUGAAAGCCAAAGAGACUAUUAUGACCGUGAAAGGAACAUUUGCUCAAGAUUAGGUCAGAAGGUCACAAUAGUUUCUCGUCCUCUUUCUUGUC